AUGGGGAACGGCAUGUGCUCCCGAAAGCAGAAGCGGAUCUUCCAGACGCUGCUGCUGCUGACCGUGGUCUUCGGCUUUCUCUACGGCGCGAUGCUCUACUACGAGUUGCAGACGCAGCUGCGGAAAGCCGAGGCGGUGGCGCUCAAGUACCAGCAGCACCAGGAGUCCCUUUCAGCCCAGCUGCAAGUUGUGUAUGAACACAGAUCAAGAUUAGAAAAAUCCUUGCAAAAGGAAAGACUCGAACAUAAGAAAGCAAAGGAAGAUUUUCUUGUUUAUAAGUUAGAAGCACAAGAAACACUAAAUAAAGGAAGGCAAGAUUCUAAUAGUAGAUACAGUGCGUUGAAUGUGCAGCAUCAGAUGUUGAAAAGUCAGCACGAGGAGCUAAAGAAGCAGCACAGCGACUUGGAAGAGGAACACCGCAGGCAAGGCGAAGACUUCAGCAGGACCUUUAAUGACCAUAAGCAGAGGUACCUGCAGCUGCAGCAAGAGAAAGAACAGGAACUUUCUAAGCUGAAAGAAACCGUGUACAAUUUGAGAGAAGAGAAUAGACAACUGCGGAAAGCUCACCAGGACAUUCACACUCAGCUCCAAGAUGUCAAGCAACAGCAUAAGAAUUUACUCUCCGAGCAUGAACAUCUUGUAGUGACUUUGGAAGACCACAAGAGUGCACUAGCUGCUGCACAGACUCAAGUUGCAGAAUAUAAACAACUGAAGGAGACUCUGAACAAGAUUCCCAGCUUUCGAAGAGCGGAACCAACAGAGCCGCCAAGUGUUACUCAGGUGGCACAUUCUCCACAAGGCGACACCACGGCAAGGGAGAAUCGAGCCGGAGAGCCGCAGGAGGUGUCUCGAAACAGCGAUGCGUGGCCGAAGCGUGGAGCUGUGCCUGGAAGGACAGAAGAAACAAAAGCUUACGCGCCCACCCAGAAGGAGGCAGAGCUCCAGGCUCCAGCAGGGCUGAACCGGCAGCAGGUGGACGCCAGAGACACCGAGGGGCACCAGGUGGAAGAGGAACACAGGAGGGCCCUGGAGGAGGAGGCCAUGGAGCAGGUGGGGCAGGCCGAACAUCUGGAGGAGGAGCACGAUCCGUCCCCAGAGGAGCAGGACCGGGAGUGGAAGGAACAGCGGGGACAGAAAGAAGGCACCAACCUUCUGGAAGGGCAUGCUCGUGCCGAGGUGCAUCCUUCAGCACAGCCUGUCACCAGGUUCCGAUCCCCGUAUGAGGAGCAGCUGGAACAGCAGAGACUGGCGGUGAGGCGGGCAGAGGAGGCCCAGCGGCUGCGAGAGCGCCAGGAGGCGCUGCACCAGCAGAGGCUGCAGGGACACUUGCUGAGGAAGCAGCAGCAGCAGCAGCUGCUGGCCCAGGAGAUGGCCCGGCAGAGGCAGGCCCGGCACGAGGAGGGGCGGCCCCAGCGCCUGGAGCAGCUACGGCAGCAGGCUCAUUACGAUGCUGUGGAUGAGGACAUUGUGCAGGGGGCAGAGGACCAGGGCACCCACAAAGAAGGAGGUGCGUAUGAGAGAGACAACCAGCACCAAGAUGAGGCAGAAGAAGACCCAGAGAAUGGACGUGAGCCUCGAGAACAAGGGCUCCAUGGAGCGGACCCGGAAUCUGAGGCAGACAGGGCAGCCGUAGAGGAUAUCAACCCCGCCGAUGACCCCAACAAUCAAGGCGAAGAUGAAUUUGAGGAGGCUGAGCAAGCGAGAGAAGAAAACUUGCCGGAUGAAAAUGAAGAGCAGAAACAAAGGCAUCAAAAGCAAGGGAAUGCAGAAAUGGAGGAGCAUUUGGUGAUGGCCGGAAACCCAGACCAGCAGGAGGACGCUGUUGAUGAGCAGUACCAGGAGGAGGGGGAGGAAGAGGUUCAGGAAGAUUUGACUGAAGAGAAAAAAAGGGAAUUGGAGCAUAAUGUUGAAGAGACCUAUGGUGAAAAUGAUGAAAAUGCUGAUGAGAAAAACAAUGAUGGAGAGGAACAAGACGUUCGAGACGACAACCGCCCCAAAGGCCGAGAGGACCCCUAUGAGGAGGAAGAAGAGGAGGACGGGGCGGCUGUAGCUGAGAAAUCACAGCGAAGGGCUGAAAUGUAGCUGUGUCCCCGCUUCACACACAGCGCUCAGUGGAGAGAUUCCCUGCAAGCUGCUCAAAAGUAAACCUGCCUACUGAACUCUAGGAUAUUUAAUUACAAAAAUUAAGAAUGUAGACUUUUUUACAACUUUUGUAUUAGAAAUGCUCAUACAUUUAUAUGAAUAUAUUUUGAUAACCUAGGUUAGAGCUGCUUUUAUAUUCAAGCUAAACCUGAGCAAGAAGAAAACAGUAAAGCAAGCCUUAGGCUCUGAAUCUCAGUUUUUCAAAGACUGUGAUGUUGUAAAGGACAUCGAUUUUGUAUAUGUUUCAACUUGUUACUUUUCUAUCUUCCAGUUUCCAGGUGUUCUCUUGUUUGCCUUUGACAAAAUACAGGAUUUCAAAAUAAGAAAUAUUGCAAAAAAAUCGAGCAGAUGUUAAGGAGAAUGGCCAGUUUACUAACUGCUCCCUUUCCGAGGUUCUUGUGUAUAAUUGUGAUGGACUUUUCACCCGUCUGCGUAUCUCUGGAAUAAGAUUCAUGUACAGAGUGACAUUGCUUUUCAGACUUGUCAGAUCAGUUAGAAAAAUAUUUGGCUUUACUUAAAAUCACAGCUAUUCUUCUUGAAAGGAAUUAAAUUUAAAAGUCAGGUAGUACUAAAUUCAUGUGACAGUAUUCUGGAGUUAGAUAGGUUAGUAUUCAAACAAGAUAUGACACCUUAGUGUAUUAACCUUUUUGAAGGACUGACAGGUUGUUUAAUAACGAAUUUACUGUGUAUGGGUGGUGGUUUCUACAUUAGCACCCAGUCAGUUAUUUUUCCGACGCCACCUAGCGAUACCCUUGUUUCAUUACCAGUUCCUACAGUGCUGUAUAUUUCCCCUGGAAGCUCUGUGCCUCAGUAAGUAAUCACUUUGAUUACAGUGUGAAUAUGAAGGUAUACCAAAGUGUAUAACUAAAAAGGAUUAUUUUUUAAAAAACUAUACGGUGAGGUACAUAUGGUGGUAGGAUAGACCCUGAUGACUUUUCUGAUUGCUGGGGUUGGGUCUGUGUUAUGCCCACAAAUAGGCAUUUUAAUGAUGUUGAAUUUAAACAUUUCUUAAAGAAAUUAAAAAUCAAACAUUUUCCUUGGGAUAGAAACAUUUCAGUCUCAAGCGUGAAGAUUUUUAGAUAUAUAGAAUUAGGUUAUAUAAUUCAUGUGUGUGGUUUUGUAAUAAUACUCUCAAAUUAAUAAAAACAAAUUUCAAUUUCCGUUGUAUGAAUGUAAUCUUAUUUUUUAGUAACCACACUCAUGUAUGGUUUUGAUUGUCUCAAUUGAAUGAUUGUGUAUGUAUGCAUAGGAAUGUUUGUUCAAAUGUAUUUUGGAUUUUCAAUAAUCAUAAAUCAAAUUUUACCUUUAUGUAUAAAAACCUUUUAUGUAAUGUAAAAUGUAUAAUAUUGUAUAUAAUAUUCAAAAUACAAUUAUUUUGGUAAAUUAGUUUGUAUUUUUAAUGUCCCAGUUGCAGUAUUUAAUUAUUUGAAACAUUGAAACUUGGUAAUAGUCAAUAAAGCUAUAAAAAGAAAGUGAUAAA